ACCUUCUCGCUAUACUCUAUAUAAAUGGAUUUUCGAUCGAUCUGAAAUAUAUAUUCACUUGUCAUUCUUUCCCUUGUUUUUCAUUCCAGAAAUCUUGCCUCUUGUUUUAAUAUAAUAUAGUUCUGCCAAUAAGUGAUUCUACUCUGUUGUUGAAAUUGUUUAAGUUGUCACUAAACACAAAUCAAUUGCAUGUCUGCUAUACUUGAUUUGAGUCUUGGUUGCAUGGACUCUAUUAGUAGAAAAAGAUGGCACCUGGCUUUUGCAACCAUCUAUUCUUCCCGAGCAUUCUCUCAUUUCUACCCACCAUCAAAUACCUACAAGAAAGUUGUGCCUGAGAAUUGCAUUAUUGAUGUUGCUCUUGCUCCCCAUCUGUUUCCAGAUGUCGAAAAUUCGAGCCUGACACGGCUCGUUAAGGACAAAAGUUUAGACCAGCUGGUGAAGCUCGGGGGUGUGGAAGGUCUGGUGUCUGCUCUCAAGACUAAUGCUGAGCAUGGCAUACACGCAGAUGCUGGUGAUGUUUCGCGGCGCCAGGAGGCCUUUGGGAUGAACACGUAUCGUAGGCCGCCUACAAAGGGCUUCUUUAGCUUUGUGAUGGAGGCAUUCAAAGAUCCCACCAUUCUCAUUCUGCUUGUUUGUGCUGGCCUUUCGCUUGGUUUUGGUAUGAAAGAGGAUGGGCCUAAAGAAGGAUGGUAUGAUGGUGGAAGUAUAUUCGUCGCGGUCUUUCUUGUGAUUUCUGUCUCAGCAAUUAGUAAUUUCAGGCAGGGCAGGCAAUUUGAUAAGUUAUCUAAGGUGAGUAACAAUAUUCAGGUGGAGGUUGUGAGAAACAGAAAGCGUCAGCAUAUUUCUGUUUUCGAGAUUGUUGUUGGAGAUGUUGUUUGCUUGAAAAUUGGUGAUCAAGUGCCUGCUGAUGGAUUGUUCUUGGAGGGUCAUUCAUUACAGAUUGAUGAAUCAAGUAUGACUGGAGAAAGUGAUUAUGUAGAAGUUGAUCAUGAAAAGAAUCCAUUUUUGUUUUCUGGCACAAAAGUUGCAGAUGGAUAUGCCAAGUUUCUGGUCAUUUCUGUUGGUAUGAACACGACAUGGGGCGAGAUGAUGAGUUCAAUCAGUCAAGAUUCUGGUGAAGAAACGCCUCUUCAGGUUCGUCUCAACAAACUAACCUCAUCAAUAGGUAAGAUUGGUCUGGCAGUCGCGUUUCUAGUACUUGUCGUCUUGUUGGUGAGGUUUUUCACAGGAAAUACCAAGGAUGAGGAUGGAAAGACUGAGUACACUGGAAGCAAGACUAAAGUUGAUGAUAUAAUUAAUGGUGUGGUAGGAAUUAUUGCGGCUGCAGUUACAAUUGUGGUUGUCGCGAUUCCUGAGGGAUUGCCAUUGGCAGUCACUCUUACACUUGCUUACUCAAUGAAAAGAAUGAUGGCAGAUCAGGCUAUGGUGAGAAAGCUUUCUGCUUGUGAGACUAUGGGCUCUGCCACAACCAUCUGUACAGACAAAACGGGUACUCUCACAAUGAACAAGAUGAAGGUGACAAAGUUUUGUCUUGGACAUGAAACAGUGGAAGAAAGAAAUUUUGCUUCAAUAGCUUCUAGUAUUAUUGAACUCUUCCACCAGGCAGUUGGUUUAAACACAACUGGCAGUGUUUACAAGCCUGAUUCAGGGUCUGAACUGGAAUUUUCAGGCAGUCCUACUGAAAAGGCCAUUCUUUCUUGGGCUGUCUUGGAGUUAAAUAUGGACAUGGAUGAACUGAAGAGGAGUUCUAAACUUCUGAAUGUAGAAGCAUUCAAUUCAGAGAAAAAGAGAAGUGGAAUCCUGAUGAAGAAAAAUGGAGACAACAGUAUGCAUGUUCACUGGAAAGGAGCUGCAGAGAUGAUAAUCGCGAUGUGCUCUCACUAUUAUGACUCACUUGGAAACAUGAAUGCUUUGGAUGAUACUGAAAGGGAGAAAUUAAAUCAGCUUGUUCAAGGUAUGGCUGCAAGUAGUCUCCGGUGCAUUGCAUUUGCUCAUAAACAGGUGUCUGAACAUGAAUUUGAUGACGAGAAGGCAAAAUUAAAAGACAACAGCUUGACACUAUUGGGUAUAGUUGGCAUAAAGGAUCCAUGCCGGCCUGGUGUGAGGAAAGCUGUCCAAGAUUGUCAACAUGCUGGAGUGAAAGUAAAGAUGAUCACCGGAGACAAUAUUUUCACUGCAAAAGCAAUAGCUACCGAGUGUGGGAUACUAAGGAUUGACCAGGACAUGGAUGGAGCAGUGGUUGAGGGUGUGGAAUUCAGGAACUACACCCCAGAGGAGCGAAUGGAGAAAGUUGAUAAAAUCUGUGUGAUGGCAAGAUCAUCUCCUUUCGACAAGCUUCUCAUGGUACAAUGCCUCAAGCAGAAAGGGCAUGUUGUUGCGGUGACAGGUGAUGGGACUAAUGAUGCACCUGCACUAAAGGAGGCGGAUAUUGGACUCUCAAUGGGGAUCCAGGGAACUGAAGUUGCCAAAGAGAGCUCAGACAUUGUUAUAUUGGAUGAUAAUUUUGCAUCUGUGGCCACUGUACUCAAAUGGGGAAGAUGUGUUUACAACAACAUCCAGAAAUUCAUUCAAUUCCAGCUGACAGUCAAUGUGGCAGCUCUUGUGAUCAACUUUGUGGCAGCCAUAUCAGCUGGAGAAGUACCCUUAACAGCAGUCCAGCUACUUUGGGUGAACCUCAUUAUGGACACGCUUGGCGCUCUUGCCCUUGCCACUGAGCAGCCAACCGCAGAGCUCAUGGACAAACGGCCCGUGGGGCGUACAGAGCCACUUAUAUCAAACAUUAUGUGGAGGAACCUCAUAGCUCAAGCCCUCUAUCAGAUUGUAGUGCUCUUGACAUUACAGUUUAGAGGAGAAGCCAUCUUCAAUGUCGAUGAGAAGUUAAAAGAUACUCUGAUCUUCAAUACUUUCGUUCUUUGCCAGGUUUUCAAUGAGUUCAACGCGAGGAAGCUGGAAAAGAAAAAUGUCUUCGAAGGGAUUCAUAAAAACAAGCUGUUUCUUGGAAUUAUAGGAGUUACUAUAAUUCUUCAAGUUGUGAUGGUAGAAUUUUUGAAGAAGUUUGCAGAUACAGAAAGGUUGAAUUGGGGACAAUGGGGAGCAUGUGUUGGUAUUGCUGUUCUGUCUUGGCCUAUUGGCUUUGUGGUGAAGUACAUACCUGUUCCAGAGAAGCCAUUGUUCAGCAUUCUCAAGUGGCAGAACUUGAAGAACAUCAUUUGAGACCAAAUGUCAACUUAGAUACUAGAGGUUGCAUGUAUUUAUAUUUUAAAAGAAAAAUAGUCUUCUACUCUAGAAUUCUGUUAGUUCGCAUUUGUAAUUAAGUGUUGGUUACAUAUUUAAAAUGUUAUGUCGACAGCUUUAGAGAACAUAUAUAUGAAAUAAAUCAUGCACAUACAGACAUACUGCAUGGUUUAAUUUCUUUA